AGGAGGGGAGCGCCAGGGCUGCAGCAACGGCUGGGCACAGCACCCACCACACAUUUGUUGCAUGAGAGAUGGAGAUCAUAUUUGGUAGGAAUAAAGAAGAACAUCCAGAGCCCAUAAAAGCUAAUGUGCAAGGUCAGUUGCCCACUUGGUUGCAAGGGAUACUUCUCCGAAAUGGCCCAGGGAUGCACACAAUUGGGGACAGUAAAUAUAACCACUGGUUUGAUGGCAUGGCUCUGCUGCAUAGCUUUACAUUUAAAAAUGGUGAAGUUUACUACAGAAGCAAGUAUCUCCGAAGUGACACAUACAACUGCAAUAUAGAAGCAAACCGAAUUGUCGUGUCUGAGUUCGGAACUAUGGCUUAUCCAGACCCAUGCAAAAACAUAUUUGCCAAGGCAUUCUCCUAUUUGUCUCACACCAUUCCUGAGUUCACAGACAACUGCCUCAUCAACAUUAUGAAAACUGGGGAUGAUUUUUAUGCUACCGGUGAGACUAACUUCAUCAGGAAAAUUAAUCCGCAGACUCUGGAGACAUUAGAGAAGGUUGACUACAGCAAAUACACAGCGGUAAAUCUGGCAACUUCUCACCCACACUAUGACAGUGCUGGAAAUGUUCUCAACAUGGGUACUUCAAUAGUUGAUAAAGGGAAGACAAAAUACACUGUAUUUAAGAUUCCUCCCUCUGUGCCAGAAAGAGAAAAGAAGAAAUCUUGUUUCAAACAUAUGGAAGUGCUAUGCUCCAUCCAUGCUCGGUCUCUGCUCCACCCAAGCUACUACCAUAGCUUUGGAAUCACAGAAAACUACAUUGUCUUCGUAGAGCAGCCAUUCAAACUGGAUAUUGUCAAACUGGCAACUGCUUACAUCCGAGGCGUGAGCUGGGCUUCCUGCCUGACCUAUAAUAAGGAAGAUAAGACUUGGUUUCAUUUUGUAGACAGGAAGACUAAAAAAGAAGUAUCCACCAAGUUCUAUACUGAUGCUUUGGUGCUUUUUCACCAUGUAAAUGCUUAUGAAGAGGAUGGCCACAUUGUAUUUGAUAUUAUUGCCUAUACAGACAGUAGCUUAUAUGAUAUGUUCUACUUAAAAAACCUGGGUAAAGACUUUGAAGAGAACACCAAGCUCACCUCCAUGCCAACCUGCAAACGAUUUGUGGUUCCUCUACAGUAUGACAAGGAUGCUGAAGUAGGUUCUAAUUUAGUCAAACUUCCAUCUACCGCAACUGCUGUAAAAGAGGGAGAUGGCCGCAUCUAUUGCCAACCUGAAACCCUGUGUGAAGGGAUAGAACUGCCUCGCGUCAACUAUGACUAUAAUGGCAAAAAAUAUAAGUAUGUCUAUGCAACAGAAGUCAAAUGGAGUCCAGUUCCUACAAAGAUCGUAAAAUUUAAUGUCGAGACAAAGGAAAAGCUCCAUUGGGAAGAGGACCACUGCUGGCCUUCUGAGCCUGUUUUUGUUCCCAACCCUGAUGCAAAAGAAGAGGAUGAUGGUGUUGUUCUGACCUGUAUUGUGGUGUCCGAUCCAAACAAAGCACCCUUCCUACUUGUCUUGGAUGCUAAAACGUUCAAAGAAUUGGGCCGAGCCAUAGUAGGUGUAGAACUGCAUCUGGACCUGCAUGGAAUGUUUAUACCAGAGAAAGAUUCUAACACUGAAACUGAGUAAAAUGCUACUUACCCUAUUAUGCAAACUUAGACAACCUUCUGUGGAAUGGGGGAUAAUAUUUUUCAGGAACCACCUUAUCUUAUGACAAGAAAUGACUAAAUAUAAACUCUUCAAUAACUAUAUAUAAUAUGUCAUAAAAGAUAGUGAUAACUUUUAUUACAAAAUGUGCACAACUGGUACAUAACUACUCCAAAAGAAGAAUUAUCAGUUUGAAAUGCUAAUGUUAUAUACAACUCGUGGGGCAGGGAAUAGGAGACAAAGGUAACAAAAAAUGAUUUAUUUGAACAGAAUAUAGCUUUCUGCGCAAAUAAAGUACUGUAUUUAUAGGGUGAUGCAUACCAUGAGUCACGUGUCUGCAGCUCAUGUAACUUUCAUUGACUGUUUCAAAACUGCAGCUCACAAUGAAAGUUGUCUCCUGCCAGAAAACCUCACUGUCUGCUAUGAUACUAAUAACUCAUGGCAAUGCAUUCUCUUGGUGCUUGAUUUCCUAAACUUCACAAUAACCAAAGUAUUAAACUGAGGUGCUACAACUUUCUAAUUUAGAACCUAAAACCCCCCACCUUUGCUAAUAAAUUAAUUGUUAUUUUUCCCUUUUAUGUUGACAAAAACGAGUAACUAGAACUAGAAUAUACAGUUUUAUGUAGCAUUCAAUUAUACUUUAGUGCUAUUAAAUCUUAAGCACUUUCUAUUUAAAUCAGUUUUCCUUGAGGAGAAUACCUGACAUGGUAUUUCAUGCAACUAGAUGAUUACAUUGUGUAAAAGGUAAACAGAAAUGCAGUAUUUAUUAGUAUUGCUACUAGUCUUUGUUAAUAACAGUACAUAUAUAAAUGAGAACUCAGAUACACAUGUGCAACAAAUUGUUUAGGUGCAAGAGUGAAAGACCCCAUUUAAACCUCAUCUGAGCUACACAGUAGCUGAAACAACACAGUAGCUGAAACAACAAGCUAUUGUUGCUAUAGCCAAGCCUUUGCUUUAUUGUCUGCUUAGAAGCAUCCAUAUUCAGACAUGGAUUUAUCAUUGCCUGUAACAGAUGCUUCCUAAUAAAAGUACACAACUCUCAUUCAUAGUCACAACUAUAAAGCACAUUUCAACAGAGUUCAAAUGCCAAGUAUACUGUGACUGGUUUUUGCUACAGGAAUGGCAUUUCCUAAUCCCCUGAGCGUAUUUUUGUUUUCUGAUUCAAGACAUUGAUUUUUUCUUUAAAUGAGAGCUUUUUAAAUUUGAUUUGUAUUUUCCUAUUGCAGCUACCUUUACUGUUAGAGGCAUUUUUACUGAUGGAGAAAAUCAGGUAUACAUCCAUCCAUUUUAGGUGUUCAUCUGGUCUGUAUUCCUCACCAUACUACUCAGGUAUCUCUCUUUUUAUACACACUCUCAUCGCGUCUCUGCUGCUCACUGUGUUUUACACAGGUAGGAAACAGAAUGAAAUUGCCGUCAUUUACUAUCUCCCCAUCACAUGGGAAUCUGGGCUUUGGUGACUGGCUCAUCAUUAUGUAAGAUGUUUACAGCAGAGCAGGAACUGAACCAACAUCAUCCACAGUUCUUGUUUGCUCUGUAACAAAUGUACCUCUCUUCCUCCGCUUGAGCCUUUGCAGUUUGAUGUCAUAAAGAAUAUACAGGCUAUUUUUCAUUUAACAAGAGUCACUGUGGUCAGCUCUAGAGUUAAAAUAUGCAAUUUUGGAUAUUCAGAUGUUUAUAUAUUCCAUAAAAUGGAAAUAAACAGUAAGGUGUGUCUGCAUAAAUAGUUCUCUAUCUUCAGUGUUUUCAAGGCAUAUUAACCCUACUAUUUAAGAGAACUUUAUCUUCUGCAGAAGAAACUGAAUUUUAUUUUCGUAAGUAAUAUGGAACAAGCACUGGAAUAGAAAACUGACUUCUCAUGUUGGCAAAGGACACCAGCUGUGGGGUUGUUUCUUCUAAUAUAAAAGAGUUUGGAUUUAACAAAUCUCCACAAAUAUUUCUGGAAUUAUAAGGUGGUAAUGAAUCAAAAGUCUAACAGUUACUAUAGAUCUCCUUUUAAGAGUUUGUCUCCA